AUGUCUGCUCAAAAUUGCACUGCCACCACCAAACUCAACACCGGAGCCACGAUCCCGCAACUGGGAUUCGGAACGUGGCGCUCGACCGAAGAAGACGGCUACAAUGCCGUGCUGGCCGCGUUGAAAGACGGCUACCGCCACAUCGACUCUGCAGCCGUCUACGGCAACGAAGCGGCCGUGGGCAGAGCCAUUCGCGACUCCAAAGUGCCUCGUGAAGAGCUUUUCGUCACCACCAAGCUGUGGAACACGCAGCAUCGCGAGCCCGCCAAGGCCCUGGACCAGUCCCUGGCCAGAUUGGGCCUCGACUACGUCGACCUCUACCUGAUCCACUGGCCCUUGCCCCUCAAGACCGAGCGUAUCAAGGACGACAACCUGUUCUCGAUCCCCACCAAGGACGACGGCAAGCCCGACGUCGACUCCGAGUGGGACUACAUCAAGACAUGGCAUCUCAUGCAGGAGCUGCCUGCCUCGGGCAAAACCAAGGCCGUCGGUGUCUCCAACUGCUCCGUCGCCCAGCUGCAAUCCCUGAUCAACCACAAGGACAACAAGAUCGUGCCCGCCUGCAACCAGGUCGAGGUGCACCCAUUGCUGCCCCAAAACGAGAUGUACGAUUUCUGUAAAGAGAACAACAUCGUCAUGGAGGCCUACUCUCCCCUGGGCUCCCAGGGCUCUCCUGUGGCCGACGAACCCGCCAUCAAGGAAAUCGCCAAGAAGUACAACGUCGACGCUGCACAGGUGUUGAUCAGCUGGGGUGUCGAAAGAGGCUACGUUAUCUUACCCAAGUCUGUCACUCCAUCCAGAAUCAAGUCCAACUUCCAGACCGUGAAGUUGAGCGCUGACGACGUCGCCGCCAUCAACAAGAUACACAAGGAAAAGGGCGAGACCAGAAUCAACGACCCAGAAUGGUUCCAGUUUUAA